GCGUCAUCCCUGUGCGACACGGCGCCGGCUGGGGGGGGAAGGACAGUGGCGCGGGCAUGCCCUGGGCCUUGCCCUGUUCUGGUCCUCUCCGAGCAGUCUUCUUUUGUAGUGUUGGUAGCCAAAGAGAACCUGCGUGCUCGCUUGCUCAUGAAAUCUUAUUUCCUGCGGUCUGAAUAUUGGAAACUCGCGUGGACUACCCUGGGAAAUAGGGGUAUAGAAAAAGCAGCUCUGGAGUUCUUUCCCCUUCAGUUGUAUACCAGGUCCAAGUGAUUGACGUGCCACCAGGGCUCUAAGGAGAAAUGGUGUCUGUGGGCAGCUUGCUUGGAUUACUAUGGCAGAGGACUGUGAAGUCAGCUUCCUCUGUGCCUCGCUGCCUGCACACAUCUUCCUGGCAAGCUGAUAGCAAUAGGGCAUCAAUCACUCAUCUUCGUCGUCAGGCCUAUGCUCGCCUCUACCCAGUGCUGCUAGUCAAGCAGGAUGGCUCAGCCAUCCACAUCCGCUACAGGGAACCAAGACGCAUGUUGGUGAUGCCACUAGACCUGGACACCCUGUCUCCGGAGGAGCGCCGUGCCAGGUUCCGGAAACGUGAAGCCCAGCUCCAACAGAAGAAGGAGGAAGAACCAGAGCUGGCUGAUGAUUUUGACACCAACCGUUACAGACAGUUUUGGUCCAAGACCAGGAAGUAGCUAUGGCUUAAAGGUGCCCCAGGGAUACUGAGAGGGCAGGGAGUUUUAUACCUGUAAACUCUAAUGUUCUUGAAUCCA